GCCCCCUCGGACUACAGAACAUGGGCUGAUGCCAGAGAGCAGUGCAUGCUGGGAGGUGGUGAUCUCAUCAGUAUUGUCAGUGCUGCGGAACAGACUUACCUCAAUGGCCGCAUGGCAACUGAGAGAGAACCGCACGUGUGGAUUGGAGCCAAUGACAUCUCUACAAAUGGCGGAUGGGUUUGGAGUGACGGGUCACCAUUUAAAUUCCUGAAUUGGAAUGCGGGAGAACCCAAUGAUCAAGGUAAUGGUGAGAACUGUGGUGAACUGUAUACCAACAAUGGUCGAUGGAACGACAUUGAAUGUGCUCAAACGCAAGGCUAUGUGUGCAAGAAAAACGGCUACUUAGUCUCCCACUUCACCGUCUACCCUAACGCGUACCUGGCCAACUCAGACAUCUUGGUGCUGAGAAAUGUCUACCCGGAGCAGUGCGCCCACCGCUGCGUCAUGGAGACGUCCUUCGACUGCCGCUCCUUCAACUACGACAGGACUAGCCGGGACUGCAUGCUGAGUGACACGGACAGGGACAAUGUCGGCCAGCUGGAGACAGCCAUUGGGAUAGACUACUACCAGAUCGUUCAAGGAGUUGCCCCGCCCACCCCGGCUGCGACCCUCCCACCCGGUUAUCGUUGUCCAGAGGGCUGGUCAGGCUACGGCGACUACUGUUACCAGGCCCAGCCUGGGGAUGGAACUUGGCAGGAGGCACUGCAAGACUGCAGGACCAAGGGAGCUGAUCUGAUCUCCAUCCAUGAUAUGAACGAGAAUGACUUCAUCGUGUCCGUCAUGCAGCAAAAUGGACUGACCGGGCAAGUGUGGAGCGGCAUGAGCGACACGGCCACAUUCCUGACCUACGAAUGGAGUGACCGCUCCCCUGUGACCUUUACCAACUGGGAAGUCAACGAACCCAACAAUCACGAAGGCAAGAACGAAGACUGCGUGGAGGUCUACACUUCGGGCCGAUGGAACGACCAGGAUUGCGAGGAUCGCAACCAUUACAUCUGCAAGCAGAUGAAGCAGAACCUGGGACCCACCCAAUUCCCCCUCACCCCAAGCGGCUGCGACAUGGGUUGGGUCGCCUUUGAGUCGUCCUGUUACAAGAUCGAAGGUACCCCAGAGAUGUCCUGGGACCAGGCCAAGUCUGACUGUGAGUCCCUGGGCGGCCAUCUGAUCGUUGUCAAUGACAGAAUUGAGCAGUCCUUCAUGUCCAGCCAACUGGGCCUUCAAAACGGCCAGAUGUUCUGGAUAGGCAUGAAUGAGGGGACCACCAAGGGCGUGUACCAGUGGGCCAACGGAGCACCAAUCACCUACACCCACUGGGACAGGGGACAGCCGGAUGACUCAAGGGGAAGCUGUGUGGCAGUCACAUCCGGCAGUGCUGCCGGUCUCUGGAAUGUCAUCCCCUGCGACUCCGGCCACAACUACAUCUGCGAGGUCUUGCGCGCGGGAUACACCCCUGCCCCCGUGUUAACAGACCCACCUGUGCCGACCUCACCUACCAACGAAGGCUGUCCUGUGAACUGGAUUGGCUGGGGGUCCAACUGUUUCAAGGCGUACGAUCCAGUGGACAAGAAAUCUUUCUGGGAUGCCGAGGCCUACUGCAAUAGCGUGGGAGCUCACCUGGCCAGCUUCCACCGCACAGAAGAAGAAGUGCACUUUGUCAAGAAUGCAGGAAUCUACAACCAAGAUACUUUCUGGAUUGGUCUCCAUGAUACCCAAAAUGAGGGAGGUUUCGAGUGGACCGACGGCUCUGUCCUCCAGUACACCAACUGGAACGACGGUGAGCCCAACGAUGCCUUUGAAGCCGGCGAGGACUGCGCCGAGAUGUUCUUCAGCGGCACCGGCUGGAACGACCAGAACUGCGAGGACCGGCGAGGCUGGGUCUGCAAGACAUCUCGAGUGCUGGGCUGCUCGGACGGCUGGACACAGUACGAAGAUCAGUGCUACUCCUUCCGCUCCCAGAUGCUGAGCCACGGGGACGCCAGAGCUGCUUGCCUGGACGAUGAAGCCGACCUGGUCACCAUCUACAGCGCCAGCCUGAACGCAUGGCUCACUACCAAUAUUGCAUCUACUGGUAUGGAUCACUGGAUUGGCUUGCAUGAUCUGACCGAUGAAGGCAAAUUUGAAUGGGUCGAUGGCACGCCGCUAGACCCAGUUCUUGAGAAUUUUUGGGACAGUGGUCAGCCGGAUAACUACGGCAACGUGGGUGAAGACUGCACCGUGCUGAGAACCAACGGCCGGUGGAACGACGACACCUGCACCUACAACAAGGCGCAUAUCUGCCAAAGGCCCAUUGUCUUGUGCCCGGAUGGGUGGAAGCUGCACCAGGGCCGGUGUUUCCGAUUCAUGACGGAGACGCAGCCGUGGAACGAGGCCAGAGAGACCUGCCGAAGCUACCAGGGUGACCUGGCCAAGAUUGCCAGCGUGGAGACCAACGCCUGGGCCGGAAAGUAUGUCUCAGAGGCUGGAAAUGGUCACUACAUUGGCCUUCACGAUCUGAGUAACGAAGGCCGCUUCACAUGGACGGAUGGAUCCCAGCUCGACCCCAGCCUUGCUUCUUUGUGGGCAGGCAAUGCCCCCGAUGACUUCUCGGAUGGGGAAGACUGCGGCGUAAUCAAAAUGAAUGGGAAGUGGGAGGAUAACCGCUGCUCGUACAGAAGAGCCUUCAUCUGCCAAAAAAUGGGAGUGUCAGUUUGUUCAACUGGAUGGACUGCUUACCAAGGCGAUUGUUUCAUCUUCAAGACGGCCAGCCCGGUCAAUUGGAACAAUGCUAGGGCCGACUGCCAGGCCAGCCAAGCUGACCUGGUUGUUAUUACCAGUGUGGAGAUGAACACAUGGCUGACUAGUUAUGUGUAUUCUGGUGGUAAGAUGCACUGGAUAGGACUUCAUGAUACCGACCUGGAAGGAAAUUUCUUUUGGGUGGACGGUACCCCUCUCAACGCUGGCUCCCCUCUAGCGUCUCUUUGGGAGAAUGGUGCACCAAAUAAUGUCGGUCAAGAUGGUGAAGACUGCGUGGUGAUCCAAGCCAAUCAGAAGUGGGGCGACAUUGAUUGCUCUGUGCACAAGCCUUUCAUCUGCAUGCGGCCUUAUGGUGAGAUACCGUUUACAACCGCAGCACCUGAAUACCCUCCAUGCCCGACUGACGAGGCCUGGAUCCUGAAUGGUGAUUCCUGCUACUUCUUCAGCUCCUCCGCUGAUCCGACGGAGGGCAGGAAGAGCUGGGAUGGGGCGGAGCAAUGGUGCAAUCAGAAGGGUGGCCACCUGAUAUCCAUCCAUGGAAUGGAUGAACAGGACUUUGUCAACCUUCAGGUUGAACUGGCCAAUGUGGAUUCAUACUGGAUUGGAAUUAGAGAAUAUGAAAUAGAAGGAGUAUAUUACUGGUCUGAUGGUAGCCCUGUCGACUUUGAUUACUGGGCUGGUGGUGAACCCAAUGACUACAAUGGCGAAGAACAGUGUGCCGAACUGUACAGAGGAGAUGGCCGAUGGAACGACAACAACUGUGGCAUCGACCGGAACUUCAUCUGCAGGAAGCAUGUCAAUUCUGUCACCCCUGUCACCAAGCCCACCACGCCGGCGCCCAUGGGCAACUGCCCGCUGGGCGCCGUCAAGUUUGACAGCCGCUGCUACAGCUUCGUGGGCAAGGACGAGGCGGACCGAAAGAGUUGGGAGGAUGCCAGGGAGGCGUGUGAGGCGGCGACGGGAAGCCGUCUGGCCAUCAUCCACUCUGCACCGCUGCAGUCAUUUCUGACCACCAAGCUGAGGGGCCUGGACUACCGUAUGUGGAUUGGGCUGAGCGACAUCACCAGCAACGCCCGCUUCCAGUGGAUUGAUGGCACGGCGGUGGACUACACCAACUGGAACGCCGGAGAACCCAACGAGGCCGGAGGCGAGGAAGACUGCGUAGAGAUGCUUUACGAUGUGAACUCAGCCGGGGAGUGGAACGACAACGCCUGCACCAAACUCAAUGGCUACAUCUGCCAGUCCUACCCUGAUCCAGCUCUGCCGCCAUCCCUCACACCGGUCACUGCCUGUCGUGCGGGCUACAGCCAGUACGAGAUGGGCUGCUUCAGAGUUGUCUCCACACCCAUGAUGUUCAGCGAUGCCAACGAUGAGUGUCGACGAGACAACGUCUACCUGGCCAGCAUCGCCGACCAGUACGAGCAGGCCUAUGUGGAGACACUGCUCCACGAGAAUGGCGGUACUCCCGUCUGGAUUGGCUUGGUGGACGAUAAGGUUGAGGGCGAGUACAGAUGGGUAGACAGCUGGCCCGUGUACUUCACCCACUGGGGGCGGAGUGAGCCCAGCCGGGGAGGGGGUGAGGGAUGCGUUGCCAUGGAACCCAACGGUAACUGGAACGACACACGGUGCUCCGAUAUGUAUUCCGCUGUGUGCAAGUAUUCCUUAGAAACCCUCCCUACAGACCACCCUGACACGCCUGGUACCUGUCCCGAAAGCUGGUCCCCCUAUGGUAGCUAUUGCUACUACUUCCAGCCAGCAGACCAGGACUUGGUAGAGUGGCCCAUAGCCGACUUCAAAUGUAUCGGCAUGGGUGGGCAGCUGGCUUCUAUCCACAGCAAACCUGAGAAUGAGUUUGUGCGUAGCAAUGCCAAGCGGACAGAGUCCAUGUGGAUCGGGCUGUACCGCUCAGAUGCAGGUGGGUUUUCAUGGGAGGAUGGCACUGGAGUGGACUUUGUGAACUGGGCGCAGGGUGAGCCCUCGUGGCAGUGGGACGGGGAGCACGAGAAUUGUGUGGAGCUGUACCUGGACCGUGGAGAGUGGAACGACCUAGACUGCAGUAAUCUUAAGUCUUACGUCUGCAAGAUGCCCAAAAUGCCAAUCAGUGGCCCCCCGGGGCAGGUUACCAACACCCCUCCAGCGACACUACCAGGCGGAGUCACCAAGUCACCACAAAAAUCUAGUGGCGUCUCCUCCGGAGCUGUCAUCGGCAUCAUCCUGGGCCUUCUGGUUGUGGUCCUGCUGCUCGUGCUUGGCGCGUUCUUCCUCAGGUCGCGCUCCAACAAGUCCAAGGCUCCGCCCAGCAUCAGCAUGGACAUUGGCUCGGUGGGCUUUGACAACGCUGCGUACAAUGCCAGCACUGGGGAGGUCAAAGUCAGUGACCCUGUGGCUGUGUCGGCUGAGGCGUCUCUCUGUCAGCGAUGCCCCUAUGGUUGGGAGAUGUACUCCCCCGGGGACACCUGCGUCAUCCUCAAGAUGGACUCCUCCAAGAACUUUCAUGAGGCCCAGAAGGAUUGCAAGUCCUACGACUCACUGACCGACCUGGUGGUCAUCAAAGACAAUGCCAUGAAUACGUGGCUGACAAACCUCAUCAAGAACACCAACAGCGAGUUCAUGAUUGGACUCUCCGACCAAGGCACAGAGGACAAGUUUGUCUGGGUCAACGGAGACGAGCUGGAGGGGCAGAAACAGAAUCCCAAUUGGAAUGGAGGGGAACCAAAUGAUUAUAACCAGGCUGAAGACUGUGUCCACAUAUUGCCCAAUGGAAAAUGGAAUGAUAUUGGAUGUGACAAGGCCUAUUACUUUAUAUGCCAGAGGCCGAACGAUGUUCCUCUCGCGUGUGAUGAAGACAAGGGCUGGAAGACAGGUGUGGAGCGUUGCUUGAAAUACUACAGUACCUCCCUGAAUUGGGCCGACGCUCGUCAGUACUGCCAGGACAGACAAGCUGACCUGCUCCAGAUGCACUCGGCUGCCGAGCAGAGCCUGAUCCUGACGAUGUCUGUGGCUGGUAACUGGAACACAUUCUGGAUCGGACUGACGGAUCAGAUCAAGGGCAUUAAAGGACAGUACAACUGGGUUGAUAAUACAACUCUUGGGGCCUUAAAGAACUGGGCACCUAGCCAACCAGAUAAUAGUUUUUUUGACAAAGGAGGGAACUGCGUCGAGAUCCUUAACAACCCGUCGGAUGGGAAAUGGACAACAGCAGCAUGCACUGACAAGAGAAGUUUUGUGUGCGAAAAGCCAAAGGGAACGUGCGCGCCUGGCUGGCGCAUCCAUGGCGGCCAGUGUUACAACAUCUACACCAACUCCCCGAUGACCUGGUUUGUCGCCAAGGCAACCUGCGAAGCCCACAGGGCUUUCCUGACCAGUGUGCACGGUGCUGAUGAGAAUGCCUUCAUCGUAAAGCAGCUUGCCAGCCUGAGUGAAGUGAAUAUUGACAGGGUGUGGAUGGGUGCUUCGGAUACAAAGACGGACGGAACAUUUGAAUGGGUUGAUGGCACGACAAUGUCAUACAUGAAUUGGCAGCCGAACGGACCUACAAAUGGAAAGUACACCGAUUGCAGCUUUUAUGAUACCUCUGAUGCUCAGGGCAAGUGGAAUACAGGCAACUGUUACGAAGUUCUUCCCUUCAUUUGUAAGAUAAAGGCUGGUGAAAAGGUUUGGCCCAUUGAUCCAACAACAGCUAUUGGCACCUGCGACUCAGGCUGGAAUCUCUUCAAUAAGAACUGCUACUACAUUGAGACCAAGCUGGACACCUACGACGUGGGCAGGCAGGCCUGCAUCAACAUGGGGUCCACACUGACGAGUAUUCUGGACAGUGACGAGCAGUCCUACUUGUCAAUGAGGACUUACAUGCUCAAAGUGUUUUUGUGGAUUGGACUGAAUGACAAGCAGACAUCAAAAGUCUUUGUCUGGGAAGACGGCUCCCCUUAUGGCUUUACGUACUGGGCCCCUGGUCAGCCAGAUCACUACGGCAGUGGCGACAGUGAAAGGUGCGUACACUUCCGGAGUUACGAACUUCAGGAAGGAAUGUGGAACGACUUGCCCUGCGGCAACAAAAUGGCUGGCUACAUCUGCAAAAAGAAAGCAGGCGAUGGUAACACUCCCCCACCGACUGCAAAACCUACACCUGUUUUUAAUGACCGUUGUGGCAUUGGGUGGGAGUACGACACAACAUCCAAGCAGUGCUACCUGUUCAAGCCGGGCGACCUCCGGAAGUGGCAGAGUGCCAGGAGUCAGUGUCAGCUGGGAGGCGGUGACCUCGUCAGCAUCACCGAUUUGUCAGAGCAGACAUACCUCAAUGCGCGCUUGGCUCUUACCAUUGAGACGACUGUUUGGAUCGGUGCCAAUGACCUCUCUGUAGAAGGCGGAUGGGUGUGGAGCGAUGGGUCCCCGUUCAAAUUCCUAAACUGGGCCAGCGGUGAGCCCAAUAACUACGGGUCUGAAGAGUGUGCAGAAUUCAAAGUCAAUGGCGGAUUGUGGAACGAUGUUGACUGUGCCAACUCCAUGGGAUACGUGUGCAAAAAAGAUGGUCACCUCGUCUCUCACUUCUCUGCCUACCCCAACAUGUAUCUGCCCGUCACACCCAAAGUCACUGUUCCUGACAUCUAUCCCGAGACAUGUGCUUAUUCCUGUGCUCUGACUACCAUCCCGUACAAGUGCCUAGCGUUCAAUUACAACCGAGCCACAAAGAAAUGUGACCUCUUGGAUGCCUCCAAGGACACAGCGGGAGGUCUGAAGGCAGCCACAGACCAGGACUACUACCAACUGAGAAGUGAUGCACCACCAAAUCCCACCGUCCCACCUACACUGGGACCCAACUACCGAUGUCAGGCCAACUGGCUGGCUAACGGCGACUACUGCUACCAGGUCCAGUCCUCCUCAGUGACAUGGGCGGAUGCCCUGAAAGGCUGCCGUGCAACUGCUGGAGCCGAUCUGGCUUCCAUUUGGGAUGCCAGCGAGAAUGCUUUUGUCAAGACUAUCAUCUCGACAGCGAUUCAGCCGGAUGAUUCGAAUCACUUUUACAUUGGGUUAAACGACAACAAGGCCUACCAUUCGUAUGAAUGGAGCGACGACAGCGAUGUGCUUUACACUAACUGGGCGGCCGGAGAACCCAACAACUACAAUGGCAAUCCAGAAGACUGUGUGGAAAUGUGGACUGAUGGUUACUGGAAUGAUGAGGACUGCACUGCGCUUCACCGAUACAUCUGCAAAAUGAAGAAGCAAGAUUUAGGGCCCACCCAGUUCCCAGUGACACCGAGCGGGUGCGACCAGGAUUGGAUCCCCUAUGGGCAGUCCUGCUACAAGUUUGAAAAUCAGCUUUCUAACGGGGCGACAUGGGAUGACGCAUUGGCACAGUGCAAAGCAUACGGAGGAAGCUUGGUUGUCAUCUCCGACAAGUAUGAACAAGCUGUGGUUACAUCACAGCUGGGCAAACAGGCCUGGUACAAGAAUUUCUGGAUUGGACUGCACGACCGCAACAUCAAAGGGUUCUUUGAGUGGGAAGGCGGGGCUGCAUUCACGUUUGACAACUGGGGCAAGGCCCAACCUGAUGGGUCGAAGGGUUCCUGUGUUUAUGCCAGCCCCGGUAACGCUGCUGGCCUGUGGUACGUGGCUUCUUGCAACACAAGCAGUUUAUAUAUCUGCGAGAAGGCCAAGGGGGAUGUUCCGACGGUCAAGCCCACGAGUGGAGUGCAGACUACACCGACCAAUGACAACUGUGCACCGGGCUGGAUUGGUUAUGGGUCUCACUGCACCAAGGCCUUCAAUCUGAACCCCAAGUUGAAUUUCUGGGAUUCCGAGGACUUCUGUGGCAAUUUGGGAGGCCACCUGGCCAGCUUUCACUCCAAAGCAGAAGAGGACCACUUUGUCCAGCAGGUCAUUGCGGCCAAUGGAGACACUGAUGAAGCAUACUGGAUUGGCUUCCAUGACUCCAAAGCAGAAGGAGCUUUUGAGUGGAUAGACGGGAGCCUGGUGCAGUGGGAGAACUGGCACCAAAAUCCCAAGGAGCCCAACGAUGCGGGAAGCGGUGAAGACUGCACAGAAAUGUUCUUCAACGGUCACGGAUGGAAUGACAUACCGUGCUAUGGCCACAAACGAAAUGCCUUGUGUAUACUACCCAAGGGUCAGAUGCCAGCCACUACCCUCCCUCCAGUCACAUAUCCAAAAUGCCCUACCAACGACAGCCUUCUCCUCUUCAACAACUACUGCUACUUCUUCAGCCCAGGAGGAACCCAGUGGGGCUGGUCGGAGGCUGAGGAUUAUUGCCACCAGCUAGGGGGUCACUUAACCUCUGUUCAUGAUCAGAACGAGCAGGAUUUCCUCUACAAUGUGGUCAGCGGGCAAAACCGAGGAGACUUUUGGAUUGGCCUGCGCGAGUUUGGCAAAGACGGCAUCUACAGGUGGUCGGACAACACAUCACUUGACUAUGAUGCCUGGGUGAACGGAGAGCCCAAUGAUUCCAACGGCGAGGAGGAAUGCGUAGAGAUGUACCCUCGCCGAGAUGACCAAAGUGGGGGUAACUGGAACGACCAGAACUGUGGCACGCCGCGCAAUUUCAUCUGCAAGAAGGCCACCGACGCGGUGGUGCCCAUCACCCACAAACCACCCCCUGCACCCACGGGCUACUGUCCCCAGAACUCCGUCAAAUUCCUCAAUCGCUGCUACACCUUCUUUGGGAAGGAGCCCGACAGCAGACUGCCAUGGCGCAAUGCCAGCCAGGAGUGCAAGAAGAUCCCCGGUGGCGAACUGGCCACAAUUCACUCCCAGGCAGUGCAAGCAAGAUUGACUAGUUUCCUUGAGGAGUACAACUUUCGCACUUGGAUUGGUUUGAGCGACAUUACGACCAAUGGUCAGUUCAAGUGGGUGGACGGAACCAUGGUGGACUAUACCAACUGGAACUGGGGAGAGCCCAAUGAGUCCGGCGGAGAGGAAGACUGCGUAGAAAUGUACAAUUACUGGAAUUCUGCAGGCCAAUGGAACGACCAGAGCUGUGAUGUUAAGAAUGGUUACGUCUGCCAGAGUAAACCAGAUCCUAAGUAUCCGCCGCCCCAAUUCCCCCUCAAUCCCUGCGGCAUUGGGUACACCUACUGGCCUGACGAGGACAGCUGCUUCCAGAUACGGCCCGAGCCGGUGAUCUACAGUGAUGCCGUCAAGGCCUGCCAGGGUUGGGCAGUCAGGCGACCCUGGCCAGCCUGAAUACCCUGGGAAGCAGCCUACGCUGAAGGCCUCAUGGUGGAGGCAGCUGCCAAUGAUGAUGGCUCCAUUCCAGUGGAGAAACCUCUGUGGAUUGGCUUGACUGAUAGAGAUUCUAAGGGAGAGUACAGCUGGCAGGACAAGUGGCCCAUCUUCUUCACCAACUGGGACACCAGCGAGCCAAGCAUGGACGAAGGUGAGGGCUGCGUGGUCAUGGCCUUCAAUGGCAGGUGGGACGACACCAAAUGCGAGGCCAAGUACGGGAGCAUGUGCAAAUUCUCCCGCGCGCCCAAACCGACUCAUCCCCCAGAUCGACAAGGCUUUUGCCCCGCUGACUGGGUGCCUUAUGGCAGUCACUGCUUGUACUUCCAGCCAGCCGAGCAGGAACUGGUGUCCGAGUACGAGGCAGAGCGCGAGUGCAACAACAUGGGUGCCCACCUGGUCACCAUCCACACCAAAUUGGAAAACAAGUUUGUUCAGGAGAAUAUGCGGGCCAUCCGGACGGACGCCACUUGGCUGGGGUUGUAUCGAUCAGACAAAGGUGCUUUUAAGUGGUUGGAUUUCGAGCCUGUCAACUAUGUGAACUGGCACAGCGGUGAGCCUACCAUGACAUGGAAUGGAGAGCACGAGAACUGUGUGGAGAUGUACACGGACGUCGGCGAGUGGAACGAUGUAGACUGUAACCAGCUGAAGACGUACAUCUGCAAGAAGCUCAAAAUAUUUAAUGCAACAACUCCCCUCCCGACCGGGCCCUUUCCUCCAACCAAACAGCCAUAUUCAGGUCUCAAAGCUGGUGCUAUUGUUGGCAUCGUUCUCGGCGUCCUGGUGGCUGUCCUCCUCGUCUUCAUUGCAGUGUUCUUCUUGGUGACCCGCAACCGAGCCCAAAAGGGCCCCGCCCAAGCUGGCGACCUCACAGCUCCGGGAUUCGACAAUGUGCUGUACUCCACCUCCGGAGGACAGAUCAAGUACCCCGAGCCGUCUGAGGUCAGCAAAGAACCAGCGGAUGCAUCAAGUGCUUGAUGCUGACCUGUUGACCUUCAUGCAAUUCUAACAGUUCCACUUUUUUUUGUUGGUUUUUAGUGGUUGAAACACUUGAGAUUACUCCCACACACAGAUUAACAUCUCACAGGCUGCUCUUCGAAAACUUGGGUAUCAUAUUCAGCAAAUUAUGGAAUUCUGAUGAUUUGCCAAAGAUUUGUAUCCCAUCAUUUUAAUACAUAAACCCCGUUUCUUUGUAUAGUAGGAUGUACUUUCAAAAAUAACUGCAUUAAUUUAUAAUACUUGCAAUGUUGUAGCCGAGCACUGAUUACAAGAGAACAUAAAAUUUGCCACCUAAUAUGAAUGAUAUCAAUUGACAGUCAGUGUGGAAUUGUUCAUUUCUUUGUUUUUCUUUAGUAGAAAGUUUGUAAUUACUGAAUGUGUAUUAAAAAUUUUUUUUUUAGUCAUGCUUGCUGUUAAAUAGUUUUGAAAGUGUCCUGUAAUUUUUAAUGUUAGAUUCAUUGAGAAUCAUCUGGCUGUCUCGGGCAAAGAAAAAUGUUAAGAGAUAAUGGAAAAUGACUGGGCGAUCAUCGAAUGUGAAUAUUUAAUCUUUUCUAAUCACUUUAAACAAUUGUUUACACCUGUCUGGGAUUUGAACGUGUUCCUCUCAUUGAAAAACCAUCAUUUCCAGAACUGAGGACUGACAAAAUUAACUUUCAAGAUGGGCUCGGUAGAGUCGUUUGUGUUUGUCAAAUGCAUCAAUAAACAAAUCCAGCAAUGUAAAUCCCUGAGCAAAUUAUAUUUUCCAGGGCCAUGAUUCUCAAAGGCCAAUGAGUAAACUAAUAAAAAUCAAAUGGAUGAAGCAUUGUUGAAAAAUGUACUCAAACUCCAUCAUGUCUGCAUGUCUCUUGCAGCACCUUUGAUCAAAUUAAAAAAAAAACCUUUUUGAAGGUUUUUUUUUUGGCGACAAGCCAUGCAAACAGGAUAUAGACAUGAAGACAAGAACCUUUUUAUUAUUAACAUUUAGGCAGUAAAAAACACAAAUACUGAGAUGGCAAUAUAAAUAUGUUGAAUGGUAAUAAACGUUUCCAAGUACAAAAAUAAAUGUGGCAUUAACAAAAGCUCCCUGCAAUUUUUACAUGUAAAUAUGCAAGCUGAUUCCAAAUUGGCUGAAUCGACUCAUCGACGAGUGUGUUAGUAUCUGGCAAGAGCCAAGUUAUUUUAAAGGCAGCUUUGCACUACAACUGAGGACAACACACUGUACAUGCUUAAGGCACUUUGGGAUACCAACAACAGCAGUAGCAAUCUGAAGUCUCGGAGCUUUCCAUUCAGAGACAGUUGCAACACAGCUCCUGUUCCCGUACUCCAUAAAUAUCCAGCACGGCACAGUAUUUCUAAACCGAGGCUCAUUUUGAAACGUUGCAACACUUGGAAAGUUCGAUCCAAGAAAACACCGGCUUGUGAAUAUACAGUCUUCCCUGAAAAUGCAAAGAGGCUCCGUCCAAAAUGGGCAAAUGCCGUCUGCGGCUCUGGCUAUUAACUGUUUGCAUUUCAAAGGCAAAAAAGUCAAAGCCAAAGCCACAAGACACCCAAUUCUGAAGCAGCCUGAAGGGAUGCACCAUGAUCACAAUUGAACAUUUCAAAAUGAAUGGUAACCUUCCAUCAUGUUCUCCACGAUGGAAACACUAGCCCGAUCUAGUACAUGUACAUCUCUAAAUAAAGACAGACUUCCCCAUUCAGGGAAAAUGCACCGUGAUCCUAACACAAAGCAUUUAUGAAAAGUUAAAGAUUCUUCUGAGUGAAACGGGAAUGCUCUUAGUUUAGAGUUACUUUCU